CAAUAUAAAUAAUUUGGUAUAAGGCACUAAAAGAUUAGAAAGAAAGAAAAAAAACUGAGCUAGCUAGCCAACUUUUAUAGCCAAACCCACCAUCAAGAACACAUUGAGAAAAAUUGUAUAUUUAAUAAUUUAAUUUACACAUUUUUGUGUAUUUGGGUAUGUGAAAAAAGUGUAAAUACAGUGAGAGAGAUGGAUGAAUGCAUGCCUUGUCUGCCAUUAAAGCUUCAAGGAUAGAGCUAAAAAAGCUUUACUUUUUUUAUUCAUUUUUUUAAAAGAUUUAACAUUUCUUAUACCCAAUACAAAAUUCAAGAAACCCACAAAAAAAAUCUAAUCUUUUCUGUUAGUUCAUUGCACUUUUAGAAGUUUUUGCUUUUUGUUAUCAUAAAGCAAAUUUGCUUAUAGGAAAAAAAUAAAGUUUUUUUCUUUCUUUCUUCCCCCCUAGUCUUAAUAUAUUUUGUCCAAAAUCUUUGGCCUUUUAGAUCCAAAGUUGGAGUGGAUUUUGCUUUAAUUGGGUUCAUGAAUUCUAUGUGGUCUCAUGGAGUUUUAGUUACAGACAAAUGGUGCACCUGUUCUAACUGUUUUUACUGUCCCUUGGAUGAGUAAUUGGUUUCUGUUGGCUUAAACUGGUGUUGAACCAAAUUGUACGUGUAGUUAUGAUUAAGCUCGGGGAUGAUAAAAUGUCAGCAUAUAUCAAUUCGAAGAGAAUUUUUGAUGUUGAGAUUAUAGGAUUGUGGCUUGUGAUCAUGCUUUUGGUUUCUACUUCAGAGGGUUUGAGUUUUGAAGGGCAGUACCUGUUAGAUCUGAAGAAUGGCUUUCAUGACGGAUUCAAUCAUCUGGAGAAUUGGAAGUCCACUGACCAGACACCGUGCGGGUGGAUUGGCGUGAAUUGCUCUACAGAUUAUGAGCCUGUCGUUCAGUCUCUCAAUUUGAGUUCAAUGAAUCUGUCCGGGAUCCUGAGUCCUGUUAUUGGUGGAUUGGUUAAUUUAAAAUAUCUUGAUCUUUCUUACAAUAUGCUCACUGGGAAUAUACCUAAAUCAAUUGGAAAUUGUUCAAUGCUGCUUGACCUUUAUCUGAACAAUAAUGAGUUUAGCGGGGAAGUUCCUGCUGAACUUGGUAAUUUGUCUCUUCUUCGACGUUUGAAUAUAUGCAAUAACAGAAUAUCUGGUUCUUUUCCUGAGGAGUUUGGAAAGUUGACCUCGUUAAUUGAAGUUGUGGCUUACACCAACAAUCUGACUGGCUCGUUGCCUCAUUCUAUUGGGAACCUGAAGAAGUUGAGAACCUUUAGAGCAGGGCAGAAUGCAAUUUCGGGCAGUAUUCCGGCAGAAAUAAGUGGAUGUCAGAGCUUACAAUUACUUGGUCUUGCCCAAAAUGCCAUAGGUGGGGAGCUGCCAAAAGAAAUCGGAAUGCUUACGAGCUUGACUGACUUGAUUCUAUGGGAAAAUCAACUCUCGGGAUUUAUACCGAAGGAGAUAGGAAACUGCAAAAACCUCGGGAUAUUUGCUUUGUAUGCAAACAAUCUUGAAGGUUCAAUACCAGCAGAAAUCGGGAACCUGAAGUUUCUGAAAAAACUUUAUCUAUACAGAAAUGCAUUGAAUGGAUCCAUUCCGCGUGAAAUUGGAAAUUUAUCUAUGACUACAGAAAUUGAUUUCUCCGAAAACUAUUUGACAGGGGAAAUCCCUCGUGAGUUCAGUAAGAUAGAGAGUCUACAUCUGCUAUACCUGUUUGAGAAUCAGUUGACUGGUGUUAUACCAAAUGAACUUAGUAGCUUGAGGAACUUGUCAAAGCUUGACCUCUCAAUUAAUAACCUCAGAGGUCCCAUUCCGUUAAGUUUUCAAUAUAUGACAGAAAUGAGUCAACUGCAGCUAUUCAACAACUAUCUGACUGGUGGCGUUCCGCAGGGGCUAGGACUUCACAGCAAACUUUGGGUGGUGGAUUUUUCCGACAAUCUUCUGACUGGACGACUACCUCCUCAUCUUUGUCGACAUUCAAACCUGAUGUUGCUGAAUCUGGAGUCUAAUAAGUUUUAUGGGAAUAUCCCAACUGGGAUCUUGAACUGCAAAUCUUUGGUUCAACUUCGUCUAGUCGGAAACAAGCUUACAGGUAGCUUUCCUUCAGAAUUAUGCAGAUUGGCGAACCUUUCUGCCGUUGAAUUGGAUCAGAACAAGUUCAGCGGCCCAAUACCUCAGGCCAUUGGAAACUGCCAAAAGUUGCAAAGACUUCAUAUUGCCAACAAUUACUUCACAAAUGAGUUGCCUAAGGAAAUAGGUAAUCUAUCUCAACUCGUGACUUUCAAUGUCUCGUCGAAUUUGCUUCAAGGACGGAUUCCAUCUGAAAUUGUUAACUGCAAGAUGCUUCAGCGACUUGAUCUCAGCCACAAUAGCUUUGUAGAUGCAUUACCGGAUGAACUUGGAAUCCUUAAGCAGUUGGAGCUUCUCAAGCUUUCGGAAAAUAAGUUGUCCGGAAAUAUACCUUCAGCAUUAGGAAAUCUCUCCCACCUGACUGAAUUGCAAAUGGGUGGCAACUAUUUUUCCGGGAAGAUUCCGCCAGAGUUAGGUUCUCUUUCAAGCUUGCAGAUUGCACUGAAUCUCAGUAAUAAUUAUCUUACCGGAACCAUACCCCCCGAGUUGGGGAAUCUUAACUUACUGGAAUUCCUUCUGCUCAAUAAUAAUCGUUUAACCGGUGAAAUUCCAGAUGCAUUUGAAAACCUGUCAAGUUUACUGGGGUGCAACUUCUCAUUUAAUAAUCUUACUGGACCCUUACCUCCAGUACCUUUGUUUCAAAACAUGGCUGUCAGCAGUUUCCUCGGAAAUGACGGGCUUUGCGGUGGGCAUCUUGGAUAUUGCAAUGGAGAGUCAUUUUCAGAUUCUGAUCCUUCUUUGAAAAGCGUGGAUGCUCCUCGUGGUCGAAUCAUCACAACUGUUGCAGCUAUAAUUGGUGGAGUUUCACUCAUCCUCAUUGCAGUUAUACUGUAUUUCAUGAGACGCCCUGCUGAGACAGUUCCAUCUGUGUGCGACACUUACAGUUCCUCUCCCGAUUCAGAUAUCUACCUUCGUCCCAAGGAGGGAUUUAAUUUACAUGAUCUGGUUGCGGCUACGAAUAACUUUCAUGAUAGCUAUGUCCUCGGAAGAGGAGCUUGUGGGACGGUCUAUAAGGCAGUAAUGCUCACUGGACAAACCAUCGCUGUGAAAAAGCUAGCAUCGAACAGAGAGGGGAGCAACAUUGACAACAGUUUUCAGGCUGAGAUUCAAACUCUCGGGAAUAUAAGGCACCGUAACAUUGUGAAGCUUUACGGAUUUUGCUACUACCAGGGUUCCAAUCUGCUUCUUUAUGAGCACAUGGCUAUGGGUAGCUUAGGUGAGCAAAUUCACGGGCCCUCCUGUAACUUGGAGUGGCCGACUCGCUUCAUGAUUGCUCUUGGAGCUGCCGAAGGUCUGGCGUAUUUGCAUCAUGACUGCAAACCAAGGAUCAUUCAUCGCGAUAUCAAAUCCAAUAACAUUCUGCUUGAUCAUAAUUUCGAGGCUCAUGUUGGUGACUUUGGUUUGGCAAAAAUAAUCGACAUGCCUCAGUCGAAGUCCAUGUCCGCAGUUGCAGGGUCAUAUGGCUAUAUUGCACCUGAAUAUGCAUAUACAAUGAAAGUAACAGAAAAAUGUGAUAUCUAUAGCUAUGGAGUUGUGCUGUUGGAGUUGCUUACCGGUUUAACUCCUGUACAGCCUGUAGAUCAAGGAGGUGAUCUCGUCACAUGGGUGAGAAAUUAUGUCCGCAACCAGUCAGUAACGUCCGGGAUACUUGAUACGAGAUUACAACUCAAAGAUCAAAAUAUUAUUGAUCACAUGCUCACUGUUCUUAAAAUUGCUUUAAUGUGUACAAGUAUGUCACCUAUUGACCGGCCAUCAAUGCGUGAAGUUGUAUUGAUGCUUAUCGAGUCUAAUGAACGAGGAGGGAACUUUAUUCCUUCUCCGACUUAUGAUACUCCGUUAAAACAAGAUACAAAAUAAACAUUGGUGAUUUUUUCAGUGCUGGUUCGUCCGUGUAUCAUUUGCAAGAGCAAAACAAAGGUAUGUCGUAGAUUCUUUGGCAAAAUCAAUGGAUUAUUAGAUCAUUUCAUGUUGCAAUAAGUACAGUAGGGUUAUACUCGUGUACAGAUGGAAGUACCAUUGGCAUUAUACAUGUAUUUAAAAGAUUCAGAUGUUACAUAGAUGCUAGUUCUAAGUUUUUAUUUUUUCAAGUUA